GCUGUCAAAAACUCUCAUUCCCAGCCGUGCACGCUGGAACGAGAGCGGGGGCCGGGCCGCGGCGCUGCCGGCCCGCCCGGGGAGCUCGGGCCAUGCGGGGCCCGGCGCUGCCGCUCGCCUGCCGCGCCGGGACCGCGCUGCGGCCGGGCCGGGCGGCGGGGCCGGACCUGGGCCGGCUGGAGAAGAAAAAAGUGAAGCUCCAGAAGCAGAUCUGUCAGGUGGUUCUGGAUCACUUUGAGAAGCAGUACACGGCAGAGCUGGGAGAGGCAUGGAGCAGUGUCAGGGAUGUGCUGACCUCGCCGUGGUGCUGGCAGCACGCUGUGCUGCUGAACAGGUUCAGCCAGAGCCCCGGCCUGGAGAGCAGCCUGGCUGAGCAGGGAUAUCAUGCUGCCUUCCCAGCAGCUCUGCCCUACCUCCCAGCAGCCUUCAGGUGUUACACCAGGACAGCUCCUGGCAGGUUCCCUGCACAGAAACACCAGCCUGGCAGACUGAAGGACUAUUACCUGCUCAAUGCUGCCUCGCUGCUGCCCGUGCUGGCCUUGGAGGUGAAGGAUGGGGAAGAUGUUCUGGAUCUCUGUGCUGCACCAGGGGGAAAAUCUGUAGCUAUCCUGCAGUGUGCCUGUCCAGGUCAUUUUCACUGUAAUGAAUAUGAUGAUUUGAGGUCAAGAUGGUUGGAGCAGACAAUAGAAUCCUUCAUCCCAGAUCCUGUGAUCAACUUGAUAACAGUCUCUAAACUGGAUGGUAGACAGAUUGGAGAUCUUCAGCCUGAAUUUUAUGACAAGGUACUGGUUGAUGCUCCUUGUUCAAAUGACAGAAGUUGGCUCUUUUCUGCUGACCCUCAGCAAGCUGUGCUCAGGCUCAUGCAAAGGAAGGAGUUGUCCUCCCUGCAAUUCCAGCUUCUAAGAUCUGCUGUAAAAGCCCUGCGUCCUGGUGGGUCCUUGGUCUAUUCCACGUGCACGCUCUCCAAGGCAGAAAACAGCGAUGUGAUCAGUCUCAUCCUGAAUUCCUGCAGGAAUGUGAUGCCUGUGGAUAUAAGUGAGAUGGCCAGAGGUGUUUCCCAGGAAUUCGCUCUCCUUGUUGGAAUGCAGCAGCAUGAACUGCUGGUUCUCCCAGAGAAAGGGAGAGCGUGGGGUCCCAUGUAUGUGGCUAAAUUAAAAAAAGUGUCCUCCACCUGAUGCCGGUGGUUUACAAGCAGUAUAUGAUAAAUUAAUAUUGAUUUAAAUAUAGUGUGUGUGUAUAUGAACACAUCCAAGGCAACUGAAAUUAGUAUGAUGCAAUUUCCUGAUCAAAAGGAAGCAAGAAGUUUAUUUUAACUUAAAAUACUGAAUGUGCCUUCCAGCUUGGGCUUGUGGGCAUCUGAGAAGUCCUGAGGAAGUCAGGGGAGCUUUGUAUUGUUUUCAAGGUGGUGCUUUCAAAGGGAUUUGGAUUCCAGAAUAGAGGUUUAAUGUGGUAGAGUUUUGCACUGGUUUUGGUUUUCUAUUUAGUAACUUGGUUCUAAUACAGUAUAUUUUUAAAUAAAUGGUUUUCAGUGGUCUGAA